UAUUUCCCUUGUGAAAUGGUUAUCACUUGCUUUCUCAUUCCAGAGUCUUCCUCAUCCAAACCUGGAAAGAAAAUCCCAGCAGGAGCCGUUUCUGUAUUUUUAGGAGACACGGAUGUGUUUGGUGCUGCCUCCGUUCCAUCACUGAAGGAGCCCGAGAAGCCUGAGCAGCCCACUCCAAGGAAAGGCCCCUACGUUCCCCCUCCCACUGGCCUCUUUGAUGAUGAUGAUGAUGACGACGACUUUUUCUCGGCACCCCGCAGCAAACCUUCCAAAACAGGCAAAGUUCAAUCCGCUGCCAAUAUCUUUGGUGACGAAGAAGGAGAUCUGUUCAAAGAAAAAGCCCAAGCAUUGCCAGAAGCCACUGUGAGUCAGACAGAUGAAAAUAAAGCAAGAGCAGAAAAAAAGGUUACCUUACCUUCCAGCAAAAAUCUCAAGCCCUCGUCAGAAACAAAGACUCAAAAAAGCUUAUUUUCAGAUGAGGAGGACUCUGAGGAUUUGUUUUCUUCUCAAAGUGCGAGUAAGUUAAAAUGUGUGUCUCAGCUCCCUAGCAAGCUCCCCAGGUCGGUUUCCCUGUUCGAUGAUGAAGACGAAGAGGUAAACAUUGUUAUUGCAACACUAGAUAAUUUAGAUUAGGAGAAAACGGUUGUU